AUGGAUCGUACUUCAAGUCGUUCACCAGCUCGACGUUCACCUCAACAUCGUGGUCAUCACAAAUUUGAAAUAAAAGCCACAGGCGAAGCAGCUAAAAACUACAACUUCAAAGCAGCCCGACCACCGAAAAAACGAACUAAUUUGAUCGAAACCAUUGGUAACCUCGCUAAGAGCUGUCUAGGAGGCGGAGUUGUAGCCAUCCAUGAGUCAUACAAAAUGUGCGGUCUGUGGACAUCUUUUGUUUUAACCAUCGUCAUUGGCUUUUGCAUCAGCUACGCUAUGUAUAUGAUCGCUCAUUCCGCACAAAGAAUUUAUGGCAGGGCACAAGUACCAGCUAUGAGCUACCCUGAUCUUGCCGAGGCAACGUUGGAGAUUGGCCCCUUUGAAGGCUUAAGAAAAUACAGCAAAUUUUUUAGGUACCUUGUUGAUUUCAACAUAUGCUUCAAUCUUUUUGGAUCUUGCUGCGUCUACCAAAUCAUGAUGGCGCGCACUAUCAAGCAACUGGUAGAGGGGACUAAUGAGGUCACAUUGGGUGGAAACCCACCAUUAAGAGUUUACAUAAUUUGCCUUGUCGUACCAUGUAUACUGAUUUGUAUGAUUACCACUUUGAAGUACCUUGCGCCGUUUUCUAUUGUCGCUGAUUUUAUUAUAUUUACUGUGGCAAUGGCGACGGUUCUCUACUCAGUAAAAUCAGCUGAUCACAGCCCUUUAGACAUGCCGAUAUUCAAAACAGUUGCCGGCCUGUUUGAGUUUAUGGGAGUUUGUAUGGUCAGCAUGGAAGGUAUAGGCGCUGUGAUGGCGAUAGAGAACAAUAUGGAAGAACCUAGGAAAAUGGCACUUGCUUUGUUUGGAGGUAUGUCAAUCGUCGUGAGUAUCGUUGUUACAAUUGGUUUCUUUGGCUAUUGGGGCUUCGGAGAGAGUUCUAAAUCUCCUGUAACACUUAAUUUCCCUUUAGAACCGUUUCCAAUAGCACUCAAGUUACUGCUUGGCCUCAUGAUAUAUGUAACGUUUGCCCUCAACUUCUGGUUUCCAUUCGACUUGAUGUGGCACUACAUUAAGAAGAAGUACGAUCCAUCAAAGUAUUGGUUAUGGGAACGGGUGUAUAGAACCAUAUUCAUUUGCAUCAUAACCGCCAUAGCGACAACGUUUCCCAACGUUUCUAAAUUAAUUGGAGUGCUGGGGUCCUAUUGCAUUUCUAAUAUGGGUUUCAUAUAUCCAGCCUUCAUCGAGUUGUGCCUAGAUUGGACCGAUCCCGGUCUAGGUUUCAUGAUGUGGAGGUUCUGGAGGUUUAUCUUGAUAACAACGUUCGGUCUUAUAUUGUGCAUCGUUGGUACCUACACUAACGUCAAAGGUCUUAUCAAGGAGUCUUUCUAGAUUAUUCUUCUGUUCUGAUUUUGUCAAUAUAUGAUGAGAUGUUUUUCAUUUAAUUUAUCUCGUUUUGUAUUAUUUUGGAGAUUG